ACAGACAGCAGACAGCAGUUGUUGUGACAUAUUGUUCUCCCCCGCAGUCAUUGACGGAGGCGAGUCGUUCGUUUUAUUGUUUGUCAUAAGUUGACAUGUCGUUGUAGAACAUAAAUCAAAGUCUGUAGGUCUAGUGCAUUGAAGUGUUUAUUUCUUUAGUCGCUAGUUUCCUCACAGUAAGAAUGGAUGAACUGACUGCUAACUCUCACAGAUUGGUUCACCUUGAUUUAAAGGGAGCACCACCCAAGCUCUCGUAUCUUGAGAAGCUUAUUCCACUUUUUAAGCAAUGGGGUGCUACAGGGCUGCUUAUAGAGUGGGAAGAUACUUUUCCAUUUCACGGAAGUUUAGGAGUUGUUGGAUCUAAGAAGGAAUCUGGUAGACCCUAUACUGAGGAUGAAAUAAAACGAAUCCUGUUCUUGGCCAAGGAGUGCGGACUUUCGACCAUCCCAUUGGUUCAGACUUUUGGUCAUUUAGAGUUCCUCCUUAAACACGAAGAAUGGAGAUGCCUACGAGAGGUGUCAAGAUAUCCCUCAUCAGCUUGUCCAUCACAUCCUAACACACAAGACGUUAUUUGGGAACUGGUGAAACAAGUGAUUGAUUUUCAUGUAGAUAAUUCAGAUCUUCAGUAUCUCCACAUAGGGGCAGAUGAGGUUUGGCAUCUAGGACUGUGUGAAAUGUGCUUACAACGCACAGGAAACACCAUAGAAGGCAGAGGAGAAUUAUUUUUGGACCAUGUUUUAUCUAUUGCAAGAAGAAUUAAGGAGACUUAUUCCAAAUUAAAACUUAUUAUGUGGGAUGAUAUGCUCAGAAGCAUCCCUAAUGCAGUUCUUAAAAAUUAUGAUCUUGGACAAUAUGUGGAGCCUAUGGUGUGGCUGUAUUUUUCAGCAGAAGCUUUUCAACUUCCUGAUGGACUCUGGGAAAAAUAUAGUUCAGUAUUUUCUUCAGUUUGGAUAGCUUCUGCCUAUAAAGGAGCAACAGGCAGUUGUCAGCAGCUACCUAUCUUACCUCAUCAUGUGUCAAACCAUGAACGCUGGCUGAAGGAACUCCCCAUUAUUUCAUCUAAAUUUGACACUUUCCGAGGCAUAGCAUUAACUGGAUGGUCUCGGUAUGAUCACUAUGCAACAUUAUGUGAAAUGCUGCCAGUUUCUCUACCCUGUUUAGCAAUAUGCUUACGCACAUGGCUGAAUAAUGGGUUUUCUAUGCAAGAUCUUCAAAGUGUUGCAAGAGCUUUAGGAUUUUCAGACUCUGUUCUUAUGGGGAUGGACUCUCUUCCAAGACCGAGACCGAUUCCAGCUGAACUGUCAUUUCCUGGCUGGAAAGCUCUAUCAAGCAUGGAGUUGUUUUGUAAUCUGGAGCAUCAAAGCCGGAUCCACCUUGAUAGUAGCCAGAUUAAAACAUGGUUGAAUCCAUGGCAAAUCAAAAAUAGCUUUGGAAAUCCAAUGCAUAUCGAAACCUUCAUUCCACCUCUGACCCAACUACUUGUUGAACUUGGAAAUGCAGAAAGAUUUUUACGAGAAAGUUUAGAGCCUCUCAUCUAUCCAGUUGCAAUAGAGGAAUGGGUUUCGACUUGGAUUGAUCCCCUGCGAGAGCAGGUUCAAAAGCUUGUGGAUGAUGCCCGAGCACAGCUUAAAACUGAAGGUCAAGGACAGGAGAAUACUUCCAGUGAUAAACAACUUUUGUGAUGAACUUUUUUAUUUAUUUUUUGACCUAGAAUCUGUCUAAUAAAUGUGAGAAAAAGGUA